AUGAUCACCACCCUAAUUACCCACGUUGUUAAUCCACUAGCCUACAUUGUACCCGUUCUGUUAGCAGUUGCUUUCCUCACACUACUCGAACGAAAGGUCCUUGGAUAUAUACAACUUCGUAAAGGACCAAACAUUGUAGGUCCCUAUGGACUGCUGCAACCCAUCGCAGACGGCCUAAAAUUAUUUAUUAAAGAACCAGUUCGACCUUCCACUUCCUCACCCUUUCUAUUUCUCGCUACACCCAUACUUGCCCUUACACUUGCACUUACUCUAUGAGCCCCCAUACCUAUUCCUUACCCUGUUACAGAUCUUAACCUUGGAGUACUAUUCGUUCUUGCACUAUCCAGCCUAGCCGUCUACUCUAUUCUAGGGUCAGGCUGAGCAUCAAAUUCCAAGUACGCUUUAAUUGGAGCCCUCCGAGCAGUAGCGCAAACCAUUUCCUACGAAGUCAGCCUGGGCUUAAUCCUACUUAGCGUAAUUAUCAUCACCGGCGGAUUUACUCUUCAAACCUUCAACGUAGCCCAAGAAAGUAUCUGACUACUAGUACCAGCUUGACCACUUGCCGCCAUAUGAUACAUUUCUACCCUCGCCGAAACAAACCGUGCACCCUUUGACCUUACAGAAGGAGAAUCAGAAUUAGUCUCGGGAUUCAAUGUAGAAUAUGCUGGAGGACCCUUUGCCCUAUUUUUCCUAGCCGAAUAUGCUAAUAUCCUUCUAAUAAAUACACUUUCAGCCAUUCUAUUUCUAGGCGCAUCCCACAUCCCCGCCUUCCCAGAAUUAACUGCCCUAAACCUAAUAACGAAAGCUGCCCUUCUCUCCGUUGUAUUUUUAUGAGUACGAGCAUCCUACCCACGAUUUCGAUACGAUCAACUUAUACAUUUAGUAUGGAAAAGCUUCCUACCGCUAACUCUGGCCCUUGUACUAUGACAUUUAGCACUUCCCAUCGCACUGGCAGGCCUCCCCCCUCAGCUUUAG